GUUUAGCACACAACACAGGCAGACAGCUUUUGUCGUGGAAAGAUCUGGGAAAACUUUGACAGAUGUGUGUAUGAAUAUUUGACACAAGAAUGAUUGAGGUGAGCGCGAGCCUCCCAAGGGGUCCCGUGUUCUUAGCAGGGGAGACAAUUCAAUGUGAAAUCUACUUCACAAAUAUUGGAUCAAGAUCAGAGAAUGAACCUGAUGUGAGCAGUCUGGCGUGGGCAAGUGUCCAGAUCAUCUGUCAGUGUACAGUGAGUGAGUCGCGGAUCCUCCUCCCCCGAGCACAGAACCUGUCCACCGAGGACGCUUCAACCACAGGAUGUGAUACGUCAUUUGUGCCAACUAAAGGAGAAAGAGGGCUGACAGUUUUAUCAACGAAACCAAAGAUUCUCUUUUGUGACCUGAGACUGCAGCGAGGAGAAUCCAAGUCAUUCACUUUCCAAGAUGCCAUUCCCACCGAUGCACCUCCAUCAUUCCGCGGACAGGCGGUGAAAUACUCGUACAAGGUGAUCAUUGGGACACAGCGCCUGGAGAACGUGACCAAGAUGUUGAGAAUCCCCUUCAGAGUGAUGGUUCUCUAUGGUUUAAAUGACAUCAGCGUAUAUAAUGAGUCUGAAGAGUAUGCACCGAGUAACCCCUUCCUCAACAACCAACAGAAGGAGAACUCUGUACUGGACAUCGCACUGCAGGUCCUUUCAACCGUCACAGCAAGGAAAGCCCCACAUUCCUACAACAUUACCAAUGCGAGGGGACGUGUGGCCAAGUUUCUGUUGUUCAAGCAAGCCUACAAACUAGGGGAGGACAUAGUGGGGAUAUUCGACUUCUCUGAUGGCACAGUUCCCUGUGUGCAGUACUCGGUCACACUCCAGAGUGAGGAACAAAUUGCAGAGGAGUGUCGCAGGAAACCCAGCCAAGGGACAGCCAUUACAUCUUAUGUCAAGCACCAGGAGAUGUGUCUCCACACACUCAGAACAAAUAUCACAAUUCCACUUCCUCUCACAGCAUCGCCAGGGUUCAUAACAGAUAUAGUGUGUCUGCGAUGGAGAUUACACUUCGAGUUUGUGACAUCGUGUGACCCGGUUGAGGAGGUGGAGAUGGCGAAGACUGACGACGGCUCCACAUGGCGAGGUCCUCCGACUAUGAACGUUGAGACGAUGGUGUGGGACAUGCCUAUCAAAGUGUUCCCCACGAACCCACUCCACGCUUCCAGUGUGACGCUGAUGAAGACGGGUUCAACAAUACGAGUGUGAUCAUAACAUUUCAAUCAAACAAACAUUUCCAAUUAAGUGGUCACCUGGUGUGAUCGUAAGUUUAGUUUUUUUUCUAUUACCGUAUUUGACAUAAUAAGCGCCCAGGGCACUCUCAAAAUUAGAAAUAGGGGGCUCUUAUUAGACUAUUAUUUUGGUGGAAAAAAAACAUAGUCGAAAGAUAAAUUUCGUGGUUU